UUUGAGCCUCAAGUUUUUCACUUUGUCACGUCACUUUGUCUGAGACUAGAGAAAAAAAAAAGUAAAAGAAAAAAAAAAAAGAAAAGAAAAGAAAAGAAGAAGAACAACACUCGCUCCUCGUUCGCGUUGAUCUCUGAUUCAGUCUUCGCCAUGGCGGAGCGUCCUUCCUUCGGAUUGGGUCCUCGAUUGGACUUUCAGCAACUACAAUUUGAAGCCCAGCAUCGCUGGUUGAGACCUGCAGAAAUUUGUGAAAUUCUUCGUAACUAUCGGAUGUUUCAAAUCACGUCAGAACCUCAUAACAGGCCACCAAGUGGUUCACUAUUUCUAUUUGAUCGAAAGGUUUUGAGAUACUUCAGAAAGGAUGGGCAUAAUUGGAGAAAGAAAAAAGAUGGAAAAACCGUGAAAGAAGCUCAUGAAAAAUUGAAGGUGGGAAGUGUUGACGUGUUGCAUUGCUACUAUGCCCAUGGUGAAGAAAAUGAAAAUUUUCAGAGACGAAGCUAUUGGAUGCUUGAACCGGAUAUGACGCACAUAGUAUUUGUACAUUAUUUGGAAGUUAAGGGUAACAAGACAAAUACUGGAGGAAAUAUAGAUAGUUAUGAUGUUUCGUCUGACUCCCAAAGGACCCCUUCUCCAUCAUCUGGCUUACCAACAAAUUAUAGCAACUUGCCUUCACUGAGUACAGAUUCCAUGAGUCCAGCUAGCAGUUUGGCAUCUUUACGUGAAGAUGCUGAUUCUGAGGAGAUUCACCAAGCAAGCUCCAGAUUACACACACUAAAUGAGUCACAACAUAUGCGGAAUGGUCACCCGACAGACAAAGUUGAUACUGGUGAUCGAGGACAGUCUUCAAUUUCUGGAGAUUAUAUCCCAGUUGUUCCGGCGGAAAGAUUUGGAGGAAGUGAUACUACUUAUAUUGAUGGUCAGAAAGCACAUAGCAUGGCAUCCUGGGACACUGUGUUGAAGCAAUGCAAUGCAGAAUUGCAGAGUGAUCCUUCGUUUGUACCAUUUUCUUCCAUACCAUCGAGUUUGAUAGGAAACACUGUAGAACAAGAACGUAAUGACUUUGGUGACCUCUUAGGGAGCAAAAGUAGCCUCACUGAGGAGGCAGGGAGCUCGCAAUCUAUCCAAUCAAAUUGGCAGAUUCCUUUUGAAGAAAGUUCAGGACGCUUGCCAAACUUAACCCAAUCAUUGAGUUUGGAAUUUGGAUCUGAUUAUAUAUCUGGUUUAGUUGGGAAUGAAACUCUUAAUGCAAGUUCUGAAAUUGAUCCUCACCUGUUUAACUUUCAUGGUGAGCCGAAAGAGCAGCAUGUGCAACAACACUAUCCAGAACGGCAUGCAGAUGGACAAUCUCAGUAUGCACUUCAAUCCAAUUCUCUGAAUAAAGUUCUUGGUGAAGAAAGUCUCCACCAUGCUUUCACAGCAAAGCGCACAUUAUUGGAUGGAGACGAGAGCCUGAAAAAGGUUGAUAGCUUCUCUAGGUGGAUUACUAAAACCCUUGGAGAGGUGGAUGAUUUGAAUAUGCAGUCUUCAGCUGGUAUUUCAUGGGGUACAGAUGAAUCUGGGCAUGUGAUAGAUGAUUCCUCAUUGAGCCCGUCCCUUUCUCAGGAUCAGCUGUUUAGCAUAAAUGAAUUUUCCCCCAAAUGGGCUUAUGCUGAAGUGGAAACUGAGGUGGUAAUUGUUGGAGCUUUUUUGAAGUAUCAACCGGAGGUGUCAACCUCUAACUGGUCCUGUAUGUUUGGGGAAGUGGAGGUCCCUGCUGAGGUUUUAACUAAUGGAAUUCUGUGUUGCCAGGCUCCACCUCAUAAGGUUGGACGGGUUCCUUUCUAUGUAACAUGUUCGAAUAGAUUAGCUUGCAGUGAAGUGCGUGAAUUCGACUAUAGAGAAGGCUUUUCUGGAAAUGUAGAAUUUGCAGAUUUUUAUAAUGAUUCAACUGAAAGGCUGCUGCAUUUGCGAUUGGAAGAGUUUCUGUCCUCAAAACCAGUGUGCCCAUCUAAACAAACCUUUGAGAAUGAUAUGGAGAAAAGAGAUGUAAUUUUAAAGCUUAUUUUCUUAAGAGAGGAAGAGGAAUUCUCGAGUAAGGAAGAGCAACAUCUAGAAUCUGAUACAUCCUCACAGAAGGUGAAGGCGCAUCUGUUUCACAGGCAGAUUAAAGAGAAGCUGUACUCAUGGCUUCUGCACAAAGUAACUGAAAGUGAUAAAGGUCCUAAUGUGUUAGAUAAGGAUGGACAGGGUGUUUUACAUUUAGCAGCUGCUCUUGGGUAUGAUUGGGCUAUACAACCAAUUUUAACUGCUGGAGGUGGUAUCAAUUUCCGUGAUGUGAAUGGAUGGACAGCCCUACAUUGGGCUGCAUCCUGUGGCAGAGAGCGGACGGUGGUUGUCCUUGUCACCAUGGGUGCAAAUUCUGGAGCAUUGACAGAUCCAUCUCCAGCAUUUCCAACCGGAAGAACAGCUUCAGAGCUAGCCUCUACCAAUGGGCACAAAGGAAUCUCCGGUUUCCUUGGUGAAUCUUUAUUAACUAGUCAUCUUGAAUCCCUCACAAUGGAUGAUCAAUAUAAAGGUGGCAGGCAAGAGAUUUCAGUAACAAAAGUAGUGCAGACAGUUUCAGAACGAACUGCUACCCCUGUGUUAUAUGGGGAUGAUAUGCCAGAUGAUCCCUGCCUUAAGGAUUCCCUUACUGCUGUUCGUAAUGCUACACAAGCUGCAGAUCGUAUACAUCAGGCAAGCAAAUCUGGACAAGGAGAUCGUUUAGCCAAUGCUGCUGCAACACAGAUACAGAAGAAGUUUCGUGGUUGGAAGAAGAGAAAAGAAUUCUUGAUCAUUCGUCAAAGAAUUGUUAAAAUCCAGGCCCAUGUAAGAGGUCACCAGGUUAGGAAGAGUCUAAAAAGCAUAAUCUGGUCUGUGGGAAUCCUUGAGAAAGUGAUAUUACGGUGGAGACGCAAGGGCAGUGGCUUGCGCGGAUUCAAACCCGAUGCCCUUAAUAAGGCCCCCAUUCAACAGAGUGAUCCGCCGAAAGAAGAUGAUUAUGAUUUCCUCAAGGAAGGAAGAAAACAAAGUGAGGAGAAGUUCCAAAAGGCCCUUUCAAGGGUCAAGUCCAUGGUUCAAUAUCCAGAGGCACGUGCUCAAUACCGGCGCCUGCUAAAUGUUGUUGACGACUUCCGUCAAACCAAGGCAUGUAAUAUGGAUUUAGUAAAUUCUGAAGAGACAGUUGAUGGUGUGGAGAAUUUGAUUGAUAUUGAUAUGCUCUUAGAUGAUGACAAUUUUAUUCCCAUAGCAUUUGAUUGAUUGAUUGAUUCUCUGCCGUGGUGGCUGCUGCUCCUCCUUUCAUCCCCACUGUAAAUACAUGGCCAGUUGGCUUUAUUUGGCAUUGGGGUUGUCCUAACAUCGUCUUGGUGUAUAUAUUCCUGAUCAGAAAUGACUUGAUUUCAAUGCUGAAUAUAAAUAGAUAAUCAUAGCUAGCAUGCAUUUUGGUUGUAAUCUAAUAAGACAUGGUUUGUUUUUCUUUUAUGGUUUUAUUUAUAUGACAGGAUCAGAAUGUUUCCUAUUAUAAAUUAGUUCAGGUUUAUAACAUAAAGUGGUGUUAGCUUGCCGAUGUAUAAAAUGGAAUUUGUACACAAAGUGUACUGUGUUGAGAGGAAUUAUAACCGUGUGCUAAAUGCUAAUUAUGAUUUAUUUUUAUAUUAUAUUAUGUUGUGUUAUAUGGUUUCUCUUCUUCACAGAGGACACGUGGCAGAACCCCACCUUGCACACGUAGUUGACUGUAUUUACGCGUGGCAUGUCGGCUGUGAUGAUGAUUCCAAAUUGCCAACAUAAACAAUGGAAUUAGAAUUUCUUCAUUAUCUUC